UUUAUUUUAUGUAAACUUACUUUUCCCAUUCCAGGACGCUUUAUAAAUAUUUUUCGUCAUAUAAACUUAAAUAACUUUAUAUAUUCUGGUAGCCCUUGCUCCAGAAAUGUCACAUCUUUUUGCCAAAUUAAAAAUUAUUGUACAUCAGUGGAGAUACUGACUCUCUACUCCAUUUUGACACCAUUCAUGUGUUUAGUGUUACCCGAUUCUGGAUAAACUUUGUCACGUGACAAAAAUAUGGCAGACGUUCCGAACACAAAUCCGUUUCUAGAUGAUGAUGACGAGGAAAGAACCGUGAUUGCGGUUACGGAGGAGAAUGAUGUCGGACUUCAAGCUGCAAAAACGUAUGAACACCACGAAAUAUCGUUAGAUGCACUUGCUGGGAGCCUUUUAAAGGAGAACUUUGUGUUGACAGCCCUUGAAUUUCAUACAGAACUCCUUGAGACCGGAAGAGAAAUCCCACGACUCCGAGAUUAUUUUUCCAACCCAGGAAAUUUUGAGCGUACAAAAGAUGAGUUUGGGACUGCAUCAUUGCAUAGAACCUCAAGCAUACAGACAUUUGAUUCGUUGGACUUUGCUCGGUAUUCAGAUGAGGGAGGAGGACAAGUGGAUGAAAGAGUGGCAGUUUUGGAGUUUGAACUGAGAAAAGCACAGGAAACAAUAAAAUCCCUUCGAGCUAGUUUAACAAAAGAAGCAGAGAAUGAACUAAGUUCAACUGAGCAGGUCAACGAAGGUAUUGUGACCCUUGGACAGGAGGAGGCUAUUAAACCCUUGGAGAGGAGGGCCAUUAACUUCCUAAUCAACGAAUUCCUCCUUCAACAGAACUACAAACUCACGGCUGUGACCUUCUCCGAGGAGAACGAGGACCAAGAUUUUGAGGACUGGGAUGAUGUAGGAUUAAACAUUGCUCGACCACCAAGUCUGCUACACUUGUACAAAGACUUUGGGAGCCAUGCUGUCCCAACGACGGACACCAUGGACUAUUCCUGUCAAGUGGAACUGCAGAGGGAGGAGGACCAGAGGAUGGAAGAGCAAUGGAAGGACCUGAAAUCUCAGCUGGAAUAUAGAAUUUCUGAACUUGAAGAUCAAAUUAAGAUCUGUAGUACAGAGAAUGACAAUUUGAUAUCCCAGAUUACUGAAUUGAAUAGCCAAAGAUCUGAAAUCCAAGUUAUAUACAAUUCUGCUCCUCUGAAAUCUUCAAAUUCCUCUAGUCGGGAAGUGGAUUACACUGUUGGUUCAGAGAACACCAGUACCUCUGAUAUCAACAAUUGUGUUGAUGAUUCUAAUAAAAUAAUGGUGAACGGUGAGUCAGUGAUGGAAGCAAACUGUGAUAGUGAGACAAAGUCUGUGAUAGAAAGGGACCAGUCUAUGGACAUGGAUGGGGACCAGUCUAAGGAAGAAGACAUCAGUGUUGGGUCACCAGACUUUGUCGUCUUAGAUACAGAGAGAAGCAAAGGUGACAUAAGUCCAACCAAAAAACAAAGUCCCAUUACAGAAAAUCCGAAAGAUGGUUCAGGGCGGCAUUUAUCGUCAACAUUCAGAAAAGCUCUGUUAGAUGUUUGCUUUCAUGUUUCCAAGGACAAUCGUAUUGUGCAUGAGGUGUCCCAGAUCAUUGGUGCCGACAGGGACCACAUCAUCACUAUGUUGGGGCGAUGUCUUCCUCAUAUAGUUCCCAAUGUCCUCCUAGCCAAAAGAGAGGAGUUAAUUCCCUUGAUAUUGUGCACUGCCAUGCUUCAUCCAGACUCCAGAGAAAGAGACAAACUUCUAAACAUUCUCUUCAAUCUCAUCAAGAAACCAGAUGAAGAACAAAGGCAGAUGAUCUUGACAGGAUGUGUGGCCUUUGCCCAGCAUACAGGAAGUGCUCGACUGAUUGAGGAGCUUCUUCCUCAGUGUUGGGAACAAAUAAAUCACAAGUAUCUGGAGAGGAGGAUCCUAGUGGCUGAAGCCUGUGGAGCCUUGGCCUCCUACCUACCAACUGAGAUCUUGAGUUCUCUGAUCCUGUCCAUGCUGCAGCAGAUGAUGGCAGAUGACAAAGAGGCUGAGGUGAGGGAGGCCGUGGUCCGAAGCCUGGGAAUUCUGUUUGGCAUUAUCUGUGAUACAGACAAAUACACUCAGGGUUGUGAAUUACUGUGGGCGUCCCUGAAGGACUCGUCGGAGCGUGUGGUGAUGACGACCCUCCACGUCUUUCUACCGUCCCUCGCCAUAUGGGCCGACGAACUUGAUAAACUCCAGCACAAUCUCAUACACAGUGUUGUCAGAGACCUGGAAGAACUAGUUAAGUGUGCAUUGGCAGCACAGAAAGCCUCCAGCAGUACUCACAUUCCAUUAAACGAAGCCCGCUUUAUGAACUCCAUGUCAGCUCUACAAGAGCUGAUGUCAUUCCUUUAUGUAUCUGUGAUAAAAACCGGCCCUUACUGUAACAAUAUUAGCAAUGUCCUACAUCGUGUUGUGGAUGUCGAUAUAUCUCAAUUUCCAAAACCCAGCUCAUUGCUGACAGAUCUGAAGGUAGUGGUUGGUGACAAGGAUCAGUUAUCUGCUCUUGUUCAUUUAUUUGAACACCAUAUUAGCCAAGAGUGGUUUGAACCAUGGGACUCCUUAAACUGGGUUGUGAACAAUUUAAUUCCUCGGUUGCUAGAAGUGGUGUUGGGUGCUGGAUUAGCUUUACCGAAAAUUGUCAACUGUCUGUGUCGUUGCUUCUUUUUGUUGUCGAGAACUUUUGGCAAAGUCUUUGUGGAGAAAAAGAUGAGACCAAAAUUUAUAGAGAUGUUGAUAUUAACAGAUGAACACACAGACCACCGAGGCUAUGCGAAUGCCAAGCAGACCAGUGUCACGACUUGUAUUGUCCCCGUGUACGCUGCGGGAGUCCUGUCAGCAUUCAGUUCUGAAGAAGACAGACAACAACUUAGUCAGUUCUUGCAAGAAAUCCUCUGCACAUUAUCCAUGUAUCAGGCCCCAUUAGACAGUCUGAAGGCAGCCUUCACUGAACUCAGCUCUACCCCCAGUAACCACGAGUUGUUAUUGACUGUCCUUUGGGAUGGAGUGAUGCACACCUCACCUCAAGUUCGGGCCUCCUCUGCAAGGCUGUUCGAGCUGAUGGUGAAAGGUGUUGGAGAGAAUCUGAUAUCAACCCGUGUCUUUCCUGCUCUAGUCACACUUGGUAGUGACCCUGAAAUCAUUGUCAGGACUGCUACCAUUCCUGCUCUUGGUGCAAUAAUAGAAAAUGUAUCCCUUGUAGACAUGUUGGACAGAGUGUACAUGCAGUUUAUUACUUUCAUGGACGACCCAGUGUAUAGGGAUGAACAUGAAGUGAACAUUGAACUCAUCCACACGCUUUCUCGAGUUGCUCCGAAUGCAGAGCCUCGCUUCCGAGACGAUCUGAUUCUGCCCCGUCUUGCAUUUGUGGCUCUCAAUAACAAUCACCAGCAGGACGACAAGAAGCGGACAGAGGUGGCGCUCCAACUCUUUGAAGCUUACAGUUCUCUGUCAUGUUGCUUCAUUAAUGACCAGUUAGUGCAGGAAGCUAUGUUGCCAGGACUACGAUGUUUAAAACAGGACAUGGCUGCCAUGGCUCCUGAGAGGGAAGAAGUGGUGUCCUCCAUCAUUAGAGAAUAUGAAACCAAAGUGGAGGGGAUGAGAUCUGGAACAAGUCAUAGUGGAACAACCCCAAACUUGGAGGAUGUCAAAUCUCGUGUCAUGAACAGAAUCAAAGAUACCACAUCAAAAGCUAACAUCUCUAACAUAUUUACCAGAAAGAAAUGAAUGGGUUCCAUCAAUAGUUCUUAUGAACAACCUGAGGUGUUCAAACAAGAUGUUAAAAAACCAAGCCUUGACUGUUAUAAUUAAUUUGAUCAUCAUGGUGCUAGAAACACAGCACUGAUUCUGAAGGAGUAUGAACAAGACUUGUUACGUACAGAGCUCCAACAUUUCUCACUUGAUGACAUUUUUGCUCUUUGUUAAAGAAAUGAGGUCUGCUGUUACAUGAAUUUGAUCCCAGGCUCUGUCUGUCUGAAAGCAAGUGUCAUCUCCAGAGACGUAAAUAGCUGAAUUAUGAAUGAACACAAAUUUGUUAACUGUAUCUUUAUGUCUGUUGUACAGAUAUCAGAGUGAACAGAUUGAGUGAAUUCACGACAGAGCAGCUAGAUCAUUGAUUGAUAUAUGUGCAAGUUUAUUCCUCAAUGGGCAGAUACAUUGAUAUAUAAUUGAGAUGUCAAAAAUGAAUUUGUUUGGGAACUGAAAGUUAUUUUAUAUUUAUAAAACAUUUAAAAUUGAUUAUUUUUAAUGCUGGUUGAAAUGACAAUUGUCACAAAUAUUUGCAAGCCAUGAGCAGUUUGUGAUAUCUCAAUUUCAUUAUGGUUGGUUUGGGCAUCAAAUUGUUUUGCAUUUUUCCCCUUAAAAUGUUUGUGUGCACUAGGCUGUUUAUUUCUGAUUAUGAUACUUUGAGCUCUACUCAUUAGAAAGUGGGAGGAAAUAGGUACUCUGAUAUUACGAUGUUGGUUCAGGUUUUUGUAAAAAUUAAGAUAUAGAUAUCUGUUCAGAUAAUAUUUGAAACCAAUAGACACAGUUGUUUUGUUUCACAUAAUGUGAUUAUAUAUGCAAUUGUAUUACAUUUUCUGUGUAUUAUUAAUUUUUUUUAUAGAAAAAUAGUGUCUUUUAUAUUUUCAAAUUCUCCAUUGUUUUACAGUGAAAGGCCCAUGGUCCAGAAUGCUCACAUACACCUUGUUUGCUUGCAUACAUUGGACCCAGUAUUGUAGUCAUGCACAAUGUAAAAGCUCACUGUUACAUAACUUAACACAAAAUAAGGAUGCCUGCAUAUUUUUUUCCCACUAAAUGUAACUGUUGUUCUAAAUAUAUUUCCUGAAAGUCCUGUAAAAUUUUUCACUUGUAUCCGUAUCCUUUUUAUAUGUCCGUCUUUAGAUGGGACGUAUUAUGGUACAGCGAUGUCUGUACAUCCGUCAGUCCAUCUGUCUCGGGGUUUUCUGUUUCUAAUUUCAUUUCUCUGUCACAUAUCAAGCUGAGACUUGUUAUGUAGCUUCUUUGUGGAUCACUCUAGAUCUUGCAAUUUUGAUCCAUUUCAACCUCUGUUGCAGGAGUUUUGCCCCUUUAUUCGAAAAAUUAUUGUUAUAUGGAGGGUACAUAAUUUGUCCAGUGAACUCCUCCCACAAUUUUCAAGUGAUGACCAACUUGUGUUACAGAGUGUUUGUAUGAGUAUUGAAGAUGUGCAUGUGUCAAGGAUUUUUAUUUUCUUCAAUUUUUGAGAAUAUUACAGGUUGUUAAACUUAGUAAUUUUUUAGGAAAUAUAUCAAAUAAAGGGCAUGGUUUGUCCUUUAACUUCUCUCACAGUAUAGAAGCUAGGGUCUUUGUAAAUAACUUGAAGAUGUGCACAGUGCAAGGAUUUUGAUUCUCAACAAUUUUCAAUUUUCUUUGAUGUUUUAGAUAUUUACAGAUUGUUGAACUUUGUCAAAUUUGAGGAAAUAUUUUAAACACAGAACUCUUGGUUUGUCUAUCUACCUCCUGUCAGUUUUAAGCUAAGACUCUUUAUUCAUACAAUGCAAAGAAAGUAUGCCACAGCCUGAUGAUAGCUGAUACUACCUGAAGCAAAGUUCUACAAGUUAUAGCUUAAGGAAAACACCCUAUGUAGGCAUUUUCAUGGGUGUAUAAUGUAUUGUUUGCGAUACUCUUGUUUCAGUCUUGUCCUUGCCACUGGGACCAUGAUUUGAAUUGAAAAAAAAUGUUCAUUGAACCCACUCUAUAUGAUCUAUUUUUAAAUUAUCUCCAUUUGAAGACGGAUUUGCUUGUAAUUAACCCAGGAGGUCCUUAAUAGGAAGUACAUGUACAAUGUAAUUGAAACUGAUGAUGGACAAUCAGUUUGACAGGGAUCAAAUAGAAAAAGUCACAUGUAUGAAUCUUUGCCUUGAGUGAGCUAAAAUACAGAUUCCUUCAAUUUUGUUUUCACAAGAUGGGCAUUUAUUUCUAUAACCAGCAGUCUGAUUUAUAAUUGACAAUAGAUAACAUUUCUCCAAUGUUCUUGUGUUUCAGUUUUGUUGACCGGAUUGCAAAGCAAUUCCAGGCUAUAAAUUGAUGAUGUCUGAAAGGAAAGCUGUCCAACAUCAACGAUUUGUAGUUAGUUCUGUUUCUAUAAAUGUCUUUGAACUAUUGGUCCAUUUACAGACUUUGUACAGACCAAAUGAAUGCCCUUUGACCUCCAGACCAAUUAGAGGAGUAUUUACAAUUAGCCAGGUUUCUCUUUACCCAUUUUUGUUUGACACAUAGUUUCAAAUAGUCCACAAUCAGAUCUAUCUGACACGACACCCCAUUUUGUGACCUUUGACAUUAGGUUAAUUUCUGUUUAUGCAUAAAAUAGCCAUUGAUUUGCAGUAAAAGUGAACUACCACUCUUGCCUAAUUUAGAGCAUUAUAGAUAAAGAGUAAGGACUUCAAAUUUUUAUAAACUAUAAAACGUUUAUUUACAAAAGUACAGGGCUUUUGAAUUUGUACUAACAUUCUUGAUUUUAAUGGGGAAAUGCUUCAUUUUGACAUUUGCUUGCAAAAAUCACAAAACCAAAUACAGUUACAAAUUUAUUGAAUUAAGAAACAUCAGAUUGGAUUGUGGGAACUUACAACUGCUCCACAAAUGGAAGGAAAUUACAAAAGUAAUGGAAAACUAUCCCCAAGACAUUUGGGGUAAAGUGUUUUGAAAUUAAUGUUUUGUCAGUAAACAUAUAUGAAAUAUAGAUAUUGGUUGUGCUCUAUACAAAACUUUUGAAAAUAUUUUUGCCUAUUACAAAUCAAGAUUUGACACUCUAAUGACAUUUUAUGACCCCACAAUGUACAAACUAGAAUUGUGAAAAUUACAUCAUAGUUUACAAAUUGUAAAUAUGAACAAUAGAUUUCACAUUGGAAAAUACAUGAGUGUAUGAACUGCAACACUUCUUGCUAAUGUACUUGUCAUGAAGUGCUAACACGCUUCAUGAGGUAUGCUGGUAUGAAGCAUCACAGUUCAUACUCUCAUGUAUUUUCAAAAAUGAAAUUUUAUUUCUUUAUCAGGACCUUUCAACAUAUUAGAUGCACUUUCUAAAUAUUGUCUAUGCAGGAAAAUGAAAGACAUCAAUUUAAAUAGUUUUAGCUCACGACAUCAAUUUAGAUAGUUUUAGCUCACAUAAGCUUAGCUUUUUUUUUUUGUCUGGCAUCCAUCCAUCUGUCCAUCCGUAAACUUUGAAAAAUUUUUUUUUUACCUCCUCUCCAGAAACACAGGGUUAAUUUCAGCCAAACUUGCCACAAAACAUGCUUGGGUAAAGAGGAUUCAAUUUUGUUCCACUGAAGUACCAUACCCUUUUUGAAGUGGAGAUAAUUAAGAAUUAGUAAAAAGUUUGUGACAUCAUUUUAAAAUCUUCUCAAAAACAACUGGGCCAAUUUCAAACAAACUUGCCACAAAUCAUCCUUCAGUGGGUAGAAAUCUUGUUCAUAACUUUUGAAUGGGGUGACAAGACCUUUCUUUUGGUUAAAGUUUUGACCUUUUAACCUUGACAUUGGAUUUUGACCUACUUUUAAAAUAAGUUAACCUAGGCAAUAUUCUCUGCACUGUUUAAUGUAGGGCUUUCAUAUUAUGUAUAUAAAUUCUCUAUGGCUGAAGACCUUAUUUUUCAUUGCAUGGCUUUUUGUCUUGUGACAUUAUAUCAUGGUUAUGUUGUGACCCUAUGGGGCUAGGUUGGGGCCACAAUAAGGGGUCAAAAAUUUUCAUGGGAAUAAAGAUUGCAUAAAAUCUUUUAAAAAUCACAAUAACUGAACAACAGCAGGACCAAGGUGACUCAUGUGAGUAAUGUGGGCUAAGGGUCUCUUGUUUUUAAUUCACAUGGCCAAAUAAGGCCUUAUGUGAACUUUUUACUUUAGUCCCUCUACCCAGCUACUUUGAUUGUUGGACAGUAUUUAAUCAUUUCACCUCAAUUAUCAAACUUGGAUAUUGAUCAGACCUAUGGGUUUUGACCUUAAAGCAGGAUUUCAGAAAAGGUCAUUUAGUACAUGUAACAUACAAUUGUUCAUGUUAUUUAAACAGAAAUAUCUCCUUCUAUAUACUGUAGAUGUACUUGAUUUAGUGGUAAUUACAUUGAACCAAGGGAGCUAAUUCAUGGUUUGAGCUAAAAUAUGAAAUUUUUUAUUUAUCCAUUAUAAUAGAAAAUUAUCGAUUUCUUUUCAUAAUUAUAUCAACUAGUAUAUUAGGUCCAAUAAUGCUGCUUUUUAGAUUUUCUAAUAUGAGUACACAUGCAGUAUCUCCCGGUAUAUGGAGAAUGUGACUUGCACACAGGAGCAGUUUUUGUACCAUUACAAUAUGUACUUUUACUUUGCAAUCCGGUCAUGCUGCAUUUUACAGUCUUUGUUAUUUUGAGCAUAAUGCUUAUACACCAAUGCUAUAUAUUUUUAUUCCAAAAGGCAUAUCACUUAAACCUGUUACUGUGAUGAAUCUAUAUAAUAUAUAUAUAUACACUUUUAUAUAAUGCAUUUCAUUAUGAUCAAUAAUUUAUUGUUUUGUUUGUAGAUCGAAUAUAAAUAGAUUUACAAUAAAUCAUUCUAUCGGUA